AUGCCACUCGAUCAGCCGGCACCGCCCUUCUACGCAUUAAGAGAAGAUGACAAGGCCGCACUUGUUGUUGUCACUUCUCUGAUCUUUCUGAUCUAUGCGGUUGUUGGUAUCAUUCUGAAACUGGUCAUCCGUCUCAACAUCACUUCUCUAAAGAGCCACGAUGUGUUGCUAUUAGCAUCACUGCUCUUGCUCUUUAUGGAAACCAUCCUCGUCAUUGCGGCUUGUAAUCGAGGCUUGGGCAGACACCAAGACACAGUUGGCCCGGAGGACCUCACGGCGUUUCAUAAGCUGUUCUAUGCUUCGUCCCUUCUUGCCACAGCAGUCGCUGGAACCACCAAGCUUUCCUUGUGUCUCUUGAUCCAGUCCAUCAACAGUUAUGGCAGGCUGCAUCUCGCCAACCGAAUAUUAUUCGGUGUCAUUGCUGCCUGGAUGGUUUCUGUCAUCAUUGCCGAAGCAUUCCAGUGCUCGCUCCCCGACCCAUGGUUCGCCAUCAGCCAGGCGAAAUGUCCUGGACGAGAGGCCAUUUUUCUGUAUAACGGAAUAAUGGAUAUCAUCACCGAUGUUACUCUCUGUCUUCUUCCUGUGGCCAUGGUAUGGAAGGUUCAGACCAGCACCCGGCGGAAGCUGCUCGUCAUUUCGCUCUUUGGCUCCCGCAUCAUCGUUCCGAUAUUGUCAAUUUCAGGUCUGGUCAGCACCCAGCGAUUCGCAUCCAACUAUUCCGACUCCACGUGGUAUGCUGUACCGUACCUCAUCUGGCUGCAGUGCUCCCUUGGUCUAUCGGUCCUGACUGCAUGCGUCCCGAGUCUGAAGGGGGUCAUCGACAGCUUGAUGGGCACCAUUGCCGUAGCGGCGAUUCAGGCACCGUACCAGCUGACUUCGUCUGGUGCGGACGAGGCCAGCAGACUCCACGCGACGGCGAUCGGUGGAGGGACCAGCCCGAGAUACGGUCCGCAUUUAACGAGCGGAGCCUCUAAUUCACGAGCUACACGAACAAGGUCUCUUCGGCCUUCCGAUUGGUCCAAGGGAGGGCAGACACAGGCUCAUGAAGGCAAGGAAAAGGAGGAUGGGACCUGCAGCGAUAGCGUUCGCAAGUUGACGGAGAGCGACGAAGAUCUCGCACAUCAAGGUCACGAGCGGAGGUCGAGCUCUCAUGCGGGAUCGCUGAAAUCUUCAGAAGCUAGAUAUCGCAUGUAG